UAAAUCAUGAAUGACGAAACUGUAAUAAGUCAUAAGCUGAGUCUCUACCCUUUAGCUGGAGAGUACAUAGCAACACUUGAUUAUCAACCUACAAUCAAAAAUAAAACAUGCCAAAAAAUUGAAACAAUUGUAAUUCUUGAUAGAUCCGGCUCAAUGGGACAGUCUGUGACUAGAAUUGGAACUAAAAUCUUGCCAUUAUUCUUUCAAAAAUUAAAUUAUGAUUUUAACGAGAAAAUUCACUUGAUUACUUUUGAUCAUAUGGCUGAUUACACGUAUUUGGAGAUACAUGAAUUGCCUAACUUGUCUGGAUUUACUGCACGCGGUGGAACUAACAUGAGUACUGGAAUUAAAACCUUUCAUGAAAUUGUAAAGAAGCUAGCUGCAGAAAGAACAAAAUUUCUUCGUAUUUUGACAAUUUCAGAUGGUGAAGUGGUUGAUGGUCCACAAACAAUUGAAGAAGCUGAGAAAGUUACUGAGUUUUUGAAUGACUACGAAAUCACAAUCAGUUCGAAAACUGUCAGAUGGUUUACAAGCUCAAGUCAACCAGACACAACUGCUCUUUGCUGCCUGAUGCAAUUGAAUAAUAUUCUAGACUCUAAAUUGUUGGAUAUAACAUAUAAUGUAAGUUUUGAAGAAGCUGCAUCAGCUUGGGCUUCUUUAUUCGUAAAUGAUGGAAUGUUUAACGUAACUCAUAUAUCUUGUGAAGCUCCAACCUUCCUGAAAUAUCCAUGGGAUUCAGAUGCUUUGGAUUCACUCCUCUUAGUACCUGGAAAGAACACAUUCUGGUUGAAAAACGUUCCAGAAAAUUUGAAGAUUGAAAAUCAUCCCGUUGACAUUGAAAUUCAUGACUCGAUUUCUUAUCACUACCUUCAAAACUUACUUGCCGAUAAGGUUGACCUCAUCAUUAGUAGAUUGAAAAUUUUGAAGAUUGUUGAAUCAUCUAAGGCAUCAGAAACAAUUAAUAAAAUCCAGGCAUACUUUAAAAAAAUUGAAAAUGAAGUUCCUGAACCUGAGUUGGAAAUGCCUAGUGACGAUAAAACUUUGAAGAAUCGCAUCAAGUUGAUCAAGUUCAGAUCUGGUAAACAGAGCAUUUCAACAAUAUUAUCGGAAAUCGCAAAUGACAAUAUGGUCCACAAGUUGAAUUCAGCACAAAAGGCUGCCUACUUAAGACAAACAAUGGUCACAAAAGACAGCAAGAGUUUAGCAAGACGAUCAGCCAAAUGUACAGGGGAACUCGAUUUUGAUGAGAUUGCAAGGAAAGAGGCACUAAAUAUUGCUGAGAAUUUCCAUGAAAUUGCUGACAUUGACGAUUCAGGACAUGAAAUUUCAUUCUAUUCACAAGCAACAACAUUAGAAGGCAUCAGAACUCUCAUAGAAUUCACAAAGGAUGAAGCUUUUAAGAAUGCAUCAGUUCUUGAGAUUCUUGAGCUUUUAAACAUUGUUGGUGUGGCAUGCAAUGGACCAGUUAGGAAUUAUCCAGAUCCAUCCACAUGGUUUAUUAAGAACAUUUAUCCAAGCUGUUUUGUCAGUUUAGCAGACAUCCUCUCAGUCCUCAAUCAAUGUGAAGACAAUAAACUCCUGGUUCCAGCAUAUGAUGAUGAAAUCACCAAUUCGAUUCCAAUUUUUGAUGAUCCAAGAAUUGGAAAGUUUUUGAAGCGCUAUGCACGAUCCUUACUAGAUUUUACAUUCUCAAUUGGAAUGCGACAGAUGAUUGCUGAAGUUCCAAAAACUGUAGAUUAUACGAUGAUUGCUGGUGUUCGUUGCAUGAUUGAUUUGAUCAGUAAGGAUAAGGCAUCGAAAAAUCUCGAUAUUUUCAAGAAUAUAGUUGCAUCUGUUGAAAACUUUGCUGGUAAAUUUGAUGUUGAUGAGCUUUUGGUUGCUCAACAGUGUGGACUGAAUGGAUAUUUCUUAGAUAACAGUGGCAUUUCUGAGAUGAUUGUUCCAUUUAUUCGAGUGAUUCGACAAAAUAAUCCAGAAGUUGGGGAUCAAUUGCCAGCGAUGCUUCGAUCAAUAUUUGACUAUGAAAUCUGGUUGAAUAUCCGACGAAGCUAUAAAGGAAUAGACUCUGGUAAAAAACUAAUUGAGGAUAUGAUGAUUAUAUUGCUUGAAAUUGACGUUGAGAAGCAUAAAAUCAAUGCAGAUGAACCAGCACCAUCGCCUUUAGUUUAUUAUGACAGUUUUGAAAUCAACUCAACUUAUGUGAAGGAACUGACAGAAAACUUCAAGCAUCUGAAUAUUGUUGCAUCAAUUCCUGUUUAUUUAAAUGCUGUUAUAAAUGGAACUUUAGAUGACAUGAAAACUAUUCCUGCUUUGGAUACAAACUCAUUCUUGAAUGCUUUAGACAUCAAUUACAGUUAUGAUGAAUACAUGUUCUUUAAUGUCUUUCAAGCUUUGGUUUACACAACAAAGCUGGAACGUUGCGAUACUGAAAACAAAACAAUGAAAAUCAUUGACUUAAAGAACUAUGAAGAGGCUGUGGAGGAUGUUAAGUCUUAUGUGAGAAGGUUCUUUAAAAAACAACACAAUAUUGAUUUGGCUCGAAUAAGAAAAAUAAAUGCGAUUUAUCUGGUAGAUCCAAAAUAUUCAGAUGUUAACGAACAGCGAUACCUGAUGCGGAUUCAAAAAGAUCCUGAUUUUGCUAAAAUGGCUGUCAAGAAAAUCAUAGAAGCAACAAAUUACGAUGGUAUGAUUGAAGCAUGGAGAAAUGGAAUUGAAUUAAAUGAAAGAGGAUUUAGAGUUGUUGGAACUGGAAGUUUUGGAUUUCGAAUGUUAAAGAUGGCAUUAGGCACUUUUACUCUGGAUAUUCCAAUGCGAUCUGAAAUUAUUAGAACCAUUUUAUUGGGAGUUGAUAGACAAAAUAAAGAAGUAUGGAAUAAAGGAAAACCUUACUUAAUUGGGAGAAAAGUGUUGCAAUACUAUAAAACUGCAUUUACAAACAAUAGCUCAAAUGAAGAGUGGACUAAACUUUACAAAGAAUGGGAUCAUCUUUUCAAGUUGCAUAACGGAGGAAGUUAAACUUUCAACUAUUCUGCAUAAAGCUGUAAGAUUUUAUCGAUAUAAAGUAAUAAAAUACAAUAUAACUUUUAGAUCUCCCUAUAACUGCCAUAUGUGUAUACUAAUGAAAAACAAGUCGAUUUUGAUGGGAAUCGACCUUAAAUGAGGCGAUCUCUGACCACUCGAUCAGAGCUCCCUGCCACUCGGCCACUGAGGUAAUUAUCGCACUUCGACUAUCCGUCAUACACAUAUGACCAGUUGCAACACCAGCCCUAUGCUCAGGAAGUUUUUGAAUCUUUUUGGGAUAUGUGGGAUAAAUAUGAUAUUUGGGAAAGUUUCUAUGCCUUAGAUUUUUCUAAAAUAACAUAAUAAAUUUUAAGAAGGGGUUUAACCGUGCCCUAGGUACACCCCAGAUUAUUUUUUGUAUGUUUCUAUUCAUUAUUUUGGAGUUCAAUGAUUCGAAAAAUGUGUUUGCAAUAAAUCUCUUGCUUAGUAGUUUUUCAUGCAGCUGUAUUUGUGUGUUUAUCCUUUUUCGAACUUAAAAGCAAGA